UGGGUGAAUACCUGGAAGAGGCGAACGAUUUCUUCAAGGCGGUGGAUAACACGAGGAAGAUUUACGAGCCGCGGAAUAAGCGGUUUUCAGCUCCUCGAUUGUCUGGACUGUUGUGGAGAUCAGCAGGAGACAAAAACCCACGAGGAUGGGCAUUCUGGAGGCGUCUUCAAGGCCGAAGAUGAGCGCGCACCUUGAAAAGGACAUCCUGAUAAAUUUUCAGCGUCGGUUUCCAGUUACCAAGUUUACGCUGUGCCCGAUAAUCGCCAGACAAAGUCGUUUGGGACUUCGGUAUGCAAAUAUUGAUUGCCAAUGAGUGAGGACGCUACGUUCUUCUUCUUCAAAAAUUCUUCGUUAACUCUUUUGGAAGGCGCAUAAUUCCUCGUUAUCCACGGCUACCGAACAAAUAGGAGGCAUUUGGAAGAAGUUCUCAUUGGAGGAGGUCGAAACGAAAAAGGCAGGGUCAAAGGCAAGCUCUUCAUCGUCGAUGACCACACAGGACCUAAUUUAUUCGCCAUUUCUGCGUCAACCAAGGAACUGGUGUUAAUUAAAAAUUGCCGCAUUUCUUGGGACUCCCGAUGAAGAGCGUUUGCUGACUUAUAGAGGGUUCUUCGGUCAAUGGGGUGCCACAGAAGUCGAGUGCGCCGGCGUCCGGAUGCAACUGUUAAGCGUUAUCGUGUAACGCGAAAUUAACUCGCAGCGUCACAGCGAUAAAAUGGCAGGCCGUUUAAUGACAGCGCUCUUGAUGUUUACACGAAUCGCGUGCUCGCUUCGUGAUAGUCUUGCAAAACGCUCCCGGAACUCAGACUCGAUGACACGUUUUAUCGAAAUCAUGAUUUCCCGACUUGGCGGCGUAGAGUUUCUACUUCUUUGAUAGAAUAGGCGAGGUUAUAUUUAAAAAGGAAAAAUUAUCCGUCAUUACGGGCCGCCUCGAUUUGCUGGGUGUCAACGACCAAUUAACUGGCUUAAUUGUAGUCGUGUAAAGCUCGAAGUGCAGCGAUUAGAACUUGUCUCUAUUUUACAGACUAUUGUAUUUUACGGGUACAUGAUAACGUCAAAUAUGACGGGGGUCUUAAUUAUAUGUCAUAGUGAAUAUUAAUGCUCGAAACAAUCGGUGUAAUUGCUCCAAUUGAAGGGAAUUUAUUUUAUCACUAACAUGCCAAGGUAGAUUUGAUGUAAUAACUGUGACGAGCAAUUUGCUUAUAGCUGUGAUCUUACAUUUCAAAUUGUAUACCACCCUAUUUAUCAAACCUUAAACGUUGAUUAUUUAUCACUACUAUCAAAGGUAUACAAUUUGCGUUUUAGUCAUGUUUAUUAUCCAUAUCAGAAUUUGUAGUGGAAGGAAAAUUCUAACUCAAAGCUGAAGAUUAUGGCAGUAAUUACACUUUACAGCUGGUAUCAUCGUGAAAUAUUGUUUUCGAGUUUUCUUUUAAUCAGUCGCCGCUUAUCAUUUCACCGUAAAUACUUUCACGUUUAAGGAAUUAUUAAUGAUUAAUAUCUUUAAAGUUUUGUGUAUCCUUCAUGUCGUAUAAGUUAAUAAUCGUAAUUUAAAUGUAAAGUCGACGCGACAAGCGGAUUAUGAUCACAGAUAGCAUAGAUUGGAUAACAGGAAUUCGUCUUAGAUCCAACGUACCCAUAAAUUUGUGAUCACGUUGAUAUCACGCGACGAGGUGUAUCUCAUCGAAGCCGAGAUAUACAAACAUUCGCCGAAAUCGUGAAUCUCGUGGUAGUCGCAAGACCGACGAUCGUAAACGAUAUCAAGCCCUGCAUUUGGUGCAAGUGCUCUGAUAAGCGAUUAAUUCGCUUUACUCGAGGGAAGGAUCCCGGAGAAUUUCGAAAGCGAUACUCAAAACGUCGUUCACGGUUUCUGAUAGCUAUUAGGUCUAACGGAACGUCUUGACUAAAUUUUUCUCCCUCUUUCUCUCCGUGUAUACAUAGCGGGAUGCCAUUAAAUCGCGAUCAUUAUCAUCGCUCUCGAAGGAAUUCCUGCCCUCGAGAAACGUCACGUGGAUUAAUCCGUCAGAAAUUCUAUUCCGAGUUAUGCCAGGAGAGAAAUUUCGGGUUCCUAUAUUUCGCCUCCAUAUGAAUUCCUAUUUUCAGGAGUACCGGGCUUAUUUUUCUUCCCUCUUCGGCAACUAUCCUUGCGACUGGUUUGAUCUUGUCGAUGCUUCACGAUCGCAGAUCAAUCAAAAUGCCCUAAAACGAGAUAUACGUUCAUGACUCAGGCUAUAUUGGUAAUAAUCGGUACUUAUAAAAGGUGGAACACGUGGGUUCUUAACCCUACUUUCCCCCCCUGUCAGGCCUGUUCUUCGAGGCCCUAUCUCCCUCCGUUCCGGUCGCCAGGCCCUCUUGGCAACGCCAGCGCCAUUUUUGCAAGCAGCUUGCGACCGGCAGGUAGUUGGGGCUCAACCUGAAACCAACGAGUUUGCAAGCGCCGUUCGGUCGGAGAUUUCCCCUUCUCGUACAAAUUGAACCUGGGAAGUGAGAAUCCAAGAUGGCCGCGGGUCGCGUCAGUUCGAAGUGAAGCCCCUUGGCAACGGGGCUGUAAAGAAAUCUCCGGGCUCCUGAAUUUUGGCGUUUUCCGUCUUCUGUGAAGGAGAAAAGAAUAUAUCUACGUCUAAAGACUGGUAUGAAGAAUCGGGGGAGCAGAAUCUGCGGAAUAUUCGUCGCGGGAAGGUGACGAAGUGCAGGGCAAACGGUACGAAAUCAACGGAGUUCCACCGGAAGCCGCUUGGAGUCGUCACCUGUGGCGCCGCCAUUUUGAAUUAAUCGAGGGAAGUCGAGGGACUCACCUCAAAGCAUCAUGAAGGGAAUAGUCUUCGUGGUCGUCGCUCUGGUCCUCGAAUUGGCCUCACCAGGAGAAGCCACGACUACACCGAACCUGCGACUCGUCAGCGUGGUGUUCAGACACGGCGACCGGGCGCCGGAUAACAAUGGCAAGGAAUUAUACCCGAACGAUCCGUACCUGAACUUCGAAUUCUACCCGAUGGGCCUGGGAGGACUGACCAACGAAGGUAAGAUGAGGGAGUACAGCCUGGGUAAGGCUCUUCGAGCACUGUACGAAGACUUCCUGGGCAACGUUUACGUGCCGGCUGCUCUUCGGGCCCGAAGCACCGACUACGACAGGACGAAGAUGUCCUUGCAGCUGGUCCUGAGCGGACUAUUUCCCCCAAACCCUGACCAGACGUGGAACAAUAAUCUCCCCUGGCAGCCGAUACCAACAACGUACAAACCCUCCGCGUCCGACGUCCUGUUAAUCCCUGAAGAGUGUCCACAGUACCUCAUCGAGCUGCAUCGCGUGAAGCACCUCCCGGAGAUCCAGGCAAAAGUCGCCAGGUUAAAUGGCUUCAUGGCGAACCUCACCCAGCUCACGGGGAAGCACAUGGACGACACGAACGACCUGUACUAUCUCUAUCAUUCGUUAAUGGCCGAGUACUCGAUGGGUCUUCGUCUUCCCGAGUGGGUCUACAGCAUUUUCCCCGAAGGAGAUCUCCUGGACGGCAUCAACCUCGAGUAUGAAAUCACGAACUAUAACACCGCGCUGAAGAGGCUAAACGGAGGCGUGCUGGUGCGCAAGAUAUCGCUCGAUAUGGUCGACGUCCGGAACGGGAAGAUGGAUCCGAAGCGGAAAUUGUAUCUCUACAGUGGCCACGAAACGAAUGUCGCUGCCCUUCUAUCAGCUCUUGGCGUUUACGAGCCCCAUGUACCGCAGUACUCAAGUGCGGUGAUAAUCGAGCUGAUGCAGUGGGGGGCAGUUUAUUAUGUCAGGGUGAGGUACUACAAGGGGAUCCCGGCCGAAGUUGAAGAUCUGCUCAUCCCUGGGUGCACGAUGUUAUGUCCCCUCGAGAAGUUCCUGAAGCUCAUGAGGAACGUUACUCCGUCCGACCAGGAGCUGUACUGCGAGAAACCUGCGAACCUGGAAGACCUUUUCCUUGAUUACCAUGAUCCUGAGGUGCACAUGGUGCACAACGAUGUUCACUUAGAGCGCAAUUAAGGUGAUAUGAAAGCAUCGUUCUUUUAUAUAUAUAUCAAAACGUCAAAAGAUUUAUAACACUUUGCUCCGAUUUAAGUGCAACGAAUUAUUUUGAACCUUAGCACGUGAUUAUAGGGACCCUACGGAAGAAAGCGAUGCUCGUGAAAUUUCAUUGUUCCAAAAAGAAAAUGGUUUAUUUAUCUGAGAUUAGAACUAGAGACAAAUAUUUUGGUUGAAAAGUGAAAUUUCAUUAGCAUCGCCGUCUUCCUUAGGGCCUCCAUAAUCACAUGCUGAAUUACAAAUGAUUCGGUGCAUCCAGUUUGGAGAACAGUUUUGUAAAUAUUUUGGUGUUUUGUAUAUGGAGAAUGAAACUUUCAUAGCGCCUUAAGGGCCCCUCGAGUGUUAGGCAAUUUCGUAUCAGUUUUCACGAUUCGAGGGAACGUGUUUUUUACGAGUAACCGGCGAGAUGUCUCGCAUUAGAGAAAUCAUUAGUGCUGGUCGGGCGAGUCCUCGGGCUGGUUGAAAAAUUAUUAACGAUCGUCGUCGAGGUGGUUGAAAAAUUGUUAACGAUCGUCCUCGAGGUGGUUGAAAAAUUAUUAACGAUCGUCGUCGAGGUGGUUGAAAAAUUGUUAACGAUCGUCCUCGAGGUGGUUGAAAAAUUGUUAACGAUCGUCCUCGAGAUCGCUCGCCCGAAUUUCUCCGACGAUGCCGGCGCGGAUGACCGGUGGAAAUUCAUAGCAAUUACAUCGGCCUUUAUUUAUCGGCUCUAGACGCUUAUUAUCCGUGGUUCUUAUUAUUUAUUCACACGAGGACAAGGUAUGUCUCGACGGAAUCGAUUAGUCCGAUUUUGUCGCGCUCGAAUUAGCUCCUGUAAUCAGUUUCUGUAUGUCGAACCUACCUUGACUUGUUAGCCGGUUAACAUUUUCACGUAGGUAUAAUAUUUCGAGAAAAAAUUGAAUUAUAAACGUAAUCUUGUUAAGAAUCAAGGCCUCACCGAAGCUACGCAGCGUUUUGUUAGCUAGUAAGAAACCGAAUUUGAGAAUUACGCCGUAAUUGCGGUUUAGUAUUUAUUGAUUGCCAUUCGUCUGCACAGAGGGUGCUGAUUAUUAAAUUAUUCGAAGGAAUUAUUUAAUUGAUACGUGCAAAGAAAUAAACUUCAAUGUUAGCAAGA